UAUAUUACUAGAGUAAUGCUAUAAGAAAUUGUUUAAUGCAAGAGAGAAGCAUAAAAACACAAUAGUAAGGAGAGCUGCUGCGUAACAAACCGAGUAUUAUAAAAUAAAUGUUUACCUAGUGCUAUUAAUUCAAUAUUGGAUAUGUUUUGUUUAGUUGGGAGUUCCUGGUGAAAUCUCGCUUCUCUUUGCAUUAAAAGGAAACUAAUAUAACAUUAUUGUGGCUGCAUUUGAAAACUUUCAUAAACGAUUCAAAUGGGCUGUGCAGAAAGCAAGGAUGGGGAUGAGCCCCAAAUGAACCGACCCAAAUACCGGACAUGUACAGAUACCUUUUGGCUUGCUAUUUUUAUACUAUUUUGGUUAUUUCUGAUUGUUAUUGCGAUAUUUUCAUUUGUUUAUGGCAAUCCACUACGUGUGAUUAACGGUUAUGACUCAUUCGGAAAUACCUGUGGAGUAAAACGCAAUGAAAAAUUCACAAAUUUUCCACUUUCCGGCAUGAACACCAUAGAUAAACCACAACUGUUUUAUUUCGAUUUUAAAAAUCCGCGCCAAUCCAUUAAAAUAUGUGUGAAAGAAUGUCCUAAAAGAAAUAUCACUGACGUACAGGAACUUUUCAAAUAUAACAUGGAAACAAAUACAAAACUUUGCCGCUAUGACUUCAAUAUGGAUUCACUUCUCAAUACAAACACAAAAAAUAUUGAGGAAUAUUUAAAUUUUUUGGGUCCUUGCCCCAAACUUCCAAUCUAUGAGGAAUCUCCUGUUUUGCAUCGUUGUUUGCCGAAAGGUAAAAACGCUAAGGAAUUGUACAAUAUGCUCAACUCUUGGGAUGUCGCGCAACAAUUUUUGGCAGACAUAUAUUCCACUUGGCACAUUGUGGCUAUAAUCUGUGGCAUUUCCUUAUUAAUCUCAAUUGCAUUGGUUACACUCAUGCACUGGAUGUCGCGUAUUAUUUCGUGGCUUAUCUGUGUAUUGGUUAUAGUGGCCAGUUUGGCUUUGACGGCUGCGCUAUGGUAUGCUUAUUAUAGCAUACGCAAUAAAUCACGCAUAAAUGAGAAAUUUUCAAUGUUAGAAGAGUUUAUAAGAAAUGAAGAUGCCGUUUACAUACUCGCUAUAUUAGCGACUAUCACUUUGAUAGUUUUAGUGGUCAUUAUUUAUUUCCUUAAAAAUAAGCUAUCUGGUUUAUCGGCGCUCUUUGAAGAGGCUGGCGUAUGUAUGAUGAACUUACCGGGCUUAUUGAUUGCGCCUUUAUUGGCGUUUGCAGCGUUGGCAUUGUUUUUGGCAUUCUGGGUGUUGGUAGUUAUUUGCAUUGCAACUGCAGGUACUCCCGGUCAGAGUCCAAUUGCGCCAUUUGACAACACAGCAGCCCACCAACAACCAUUUCCAACCGACAUUGCCCCGCCGAAGAAUACCACUGAUGUCAGUUUUAAGACAUUUUUACACGUAGAAUACACUGACUCAAAGGCGAUAAAAAGCAUGUUUUGGAUUUAUGUGAUUGGUCUCAUUUGGACGACUGAAUUCAUAUUUGCUUGUCAACAAUUCGCACUUGCUGCAGCUGUGGCUUUCUGGUAUUUCCAAAAGCCCACCUCCACGCCCACCACAUACGCCAUUGGAAAACUGCUUAAAUACCAUUUGGGCACCGUAGCCAAGGGUUCGUUUAUAAUUACAAUUUUCAAAAUACCACGACUUAUCCUGACCUAUUUGUAUGCUAAAUUCAAAAAGGCUGAAGAUAAAGGCUCCGAAUGCGCCGCUUGCUGUCUCAAAUGCUGCAUUUGUGGAUUUUGGCUGCUGGAAAAAUUCAUACGCUUCUUAAAUCAUAACGCUUAUACAGUUGUUGCCAUCGAAUCGAUAAAUUUCUGCCCAGCAGCAGGCAUUGCUUGGAAUGCAAUGGCCACUAAUGCGCUUCAAGUGGCAACUAUCAACAGCAUUGGUGACUUCAUACUAUUUUUGGGCAAAGUUCUGGUAGCAGCUCUUAGUGGUCUCAUUGGCAUAUUUGUGCUCAAGGAUCGUCCAGGACUAAAUUUCUAUAUGGCUCCAGUGAUCUUUAUAAUAAUUUUCUCAUUUUUCAUAGCACAUAUAAUAUUGACGCUUUUUGAGAUGGUAGUAGACACACUAUUUUUAUGUGUUUGUGAAGAUAAAACAAUCAAUGGACGCGGUGGUCGUUGGGCUCAAAGUAAUUUAGCCAAAUUAGUUGGCGAAGAACCAUUACAACCGGGCGAAGAACCACCCAUUCAAGUGGUGGAAAUGAUGCCCAUUAAUAAGGAGCCAUUUAGCAUGACUAGGAUGGGGCGCACAGAUGUUGUAGAUGGUAUAACACAAUAGAGAAAGUGGAAUUAAGGAUAUAAAUCGUCAUUGACUCCGUCGGCAAGUAGCCCUACGGCAUGACUAGAUAACGCACAGACUUUGUAAUACUGAGUAAAAAAUUGAGUGAAAACAUAGCACAAUUUUGUAAAGUAAACUCAUUGAAGCGAUUCGUCAAAAAAUCAAAGCAUAUUAAUAUUUUUAAGAUAUUUAUUAACCGCAGUGUAUUCUCUCGAAAAAAUUACGAUCAAUGUUAUAUUAUACAUGUGCAUAUAUAUGUGAAAACACAAAGUGCUUUUAUACAUAGUUAUAUUACGAUUUAUAUUUCUUCAAAUUAUACAUAUGUAUAUGUAAAAAAAGAUCGUACAAAUUACAAUAUUUUUAAUAAUGUUCCAUUUAUUUACCAUAUCUAAAUAACCUAUUUAAAAGAACAAAAGUCAAAUAAAUUUUUUAUUCCAAUGUA